AUGGAUGAUGUUAAGGAGCUUUCAUUUGCAGAGUCUGACAGCACUGGUUAUCUUGCCGUAUGCUAUUUCUUAUCCUACCCAUUUGCUAUAUGCUCUUGCCCCCGGAGAAAUUCAGUCUCACUGACUAGUUGCUCCUCAGAGAAGAGUCAUGUUUCACCACAGGAAAAGCAUGAGCUUGAACAUGUUUUUGAUGCAUGGAUGGCACUUUAUGGUUCUCUUAAAACUUCACUGAAUCAAUGCUCUGCUAUGGACAGUUUUCUUGUCGAUUUGUGUUCAACGCUAACUGUGUACCUUGACGAAUAUGCUAGCAUGCAGUGUAUCAAUGGAGUUGACUCAAGUCACAAGGAUCUGUUUUUUUAUCUCCUUCCUUUACUUGGCGAUGCUGCGAUAUGUUUCCUGGAAGAUAUCUGUGCUUCCGAAGAAGUUUCAGAUGAAAGUAAAUACAAAAAUGGUGGCGACCAUAAAAUAUCCACUGGAAAGAGCAGUAGCUUGAGAUUGGCUGCCAGAUAUUUGAGUUUCUUAUGGACGUAUACAGCAACAGACCACCCAACUAAUCUCGUAAUGACAUCAAGUCCCAGGGUAUCUUCUGUACUGGCACACUUUGCCAGUUUUCUUUGCAUGAAGCAAGAUAUCCUCUUGUUCAUUGAGGCACCCCUUCUUGGAAAAACACUUGAUCACCCAAAUCCAACCAUUUCAGAGCCCACCAUCACCUUCUGGAAUUCCACUUACGGUGAACAAAUCAAUCUGGACUACCCUCAAAGCUUGCUUCACGUGUUAGACAAGCUCUCAAGAAAUGGAAGAAUAAUCCUCCACAAGAAAAUCCUACCUGCUCUUGAAAGAUGUCAUUCUAGAAUAGGAGUUGACACCACUCCACAGAGAUACAGGGUGACCGCAACGCAUAACAAGAGCUCAAAAAGAGUAGGGUUUGUGGAGGAUGUGGUGGAUCAACUUCAGCAUGAGGAGAAGCUGUACUCAAAGUUAAAAAGGAAUAGGUUGGAACUAACUGAGCAUCAAAAGGAAGUGAGACGAGCACAGCAAGGAAGGGAGAGGGAUUGUUGUGGGCACGGCCCGGGGAUACGCACUUACACUAGUGCUGAUUUUUCGCAGGGGAAUGAAGAUUCACAAGAGAGUCAAGAAUUCCAGAAUCCAGAAUCCAUCUUGGAGAUUUUACAAAGAGUUGUUUAA